AGGUAUGCUGCAGUUGUAUUGCAGUGGUCAGUCCGAUUUGACCAUGCAGGAGCGUACCUUCGGCUCAGCUGUUGUCCAGGCAGUCACUGACCGUAUACGAGGCGGCUGUAUCUACUCCGAUGACCGAUUGUUUAUCAGACGUUUGGCCAUUGUCCAGUCUGAUGACGGCAAUAUGGCCACUACCUACAGAAGCGGAUACUUUGGCGGUAUAUGGCAGGUUGAUGAAGACAAGUUUAACACUACAACGAACUGCGCCCAUCACACAAUACGCGAGGAAUGUAGCAUCAUCUUAUCGGAGUUCGAAAUCGACUGGUCAAGUGUCCAGUGGACUGACCUCCUGAAGCCUCUGUACUCCGGCCUAGCAGCGUCCCUAUAUCUCAAACUGCGAGGGGCUGACCCAGCCCCUGGCGACCUAACCGGUCAAGCGUCUUUGUGGAAAAGUUAUUUCCAACCAACUCAGGAGCUGACAACGUAUACAACAAAGAUCCAACAGAAAGAGAGUACGGCGGACGACUCUUGUGACAACAAACCCAUCGACAUUGUCUUCAUCAUUGAUGAAUCGGGAAGCGUCGGCUCUUCAAACUUCUCUAAAGUACUCACCUUCCUAACGGAAGUAGUCGACUAUCUGAACAUAGGACCUACAGCUGUGCAGGUUGGUCUCGUCACGUUUUACACAGGGGCAACUCUGGAAUUCCCUCUAGGAACAUACUCGACAAAAACAUCUCUAAAGUCCGCCAUUUUGAACACCCCUUAUCGAGGUGGAGGGACCAACAUUGGGGCAGGAAUUCAGCAUGCAGACAAGUAUGUCUUUCCUAUUAAAUAUGGUGGCAGAAAGGACGCAACAAAAAUAGCUAUUCUGGUCACGGACGGAGUGUCAUACUCUGCUACAUUUACUAAGCGAGCGGCCGAUGAUGCGAAGGCUAAUCACAUUAGGAUAUUUGCUGUGGGGAUAGGGAAUAUCAACAUUGCAGAGUUGAACUCUGCUGCCAGUGAUCCAAACUGCACGCAUGUCUUCGUUCUCACCAAUUUCAAGCAGAUUGACGACAUCAUUUAUGAAAUCAAGAAAAGUGCAUGCAGGGCGUCCAACCCUGUGGGUGAGAAAGCAGAAGUAGGAGGCGGGGUACCGACAGGUGACGGUUCCACCAUCGAAAUUGACACAGAUGACGGACACAACAAAAAAAGGAUAUUUUCCAUUUUAGUCUAUGAAAAUAACGACUGGAAUAACAUCUCCAAUCCUUGUAUUGAGGGCGGACCAAAGUAUCACUCCCACCCGACAGACCUUGCGAAGUUCAUCACCUGUGGCGAUACACAAAAGAUGUACAUUUCCCAAUGUCCAACUGGCAAAAUAUACAGUAACCAAGGCUGUGUAUCUGCCCACGUGACUACCUUCGGUAACCAUAGUGUUGCCGGCGGAAGUCCGGUCGACGCAAUGACUCGGUAUCUAAUCCUAUGCAGAGUCGGUGGUAAUAUCCGAGAAUGUCAGAGCGUAGACUUAUCUGGUGACUUCUAUGAUAAACUCUGUGAAGGAACGACGUCAUCAGUCCAAAAUCCUUGUACUUCCUGUGCCAUCGCUGACGGCCAUCUUUUGCACCCGCAUCCCCUGGACGACAACAAAUACAUCACUUGUGAUGGCGGGAAUAGUCACACCACCACACAGUGUCCGCCUGGGGAGAGAUUUAGCGUGGCCAAACAAAGCUGCAUCCCUUCAACCGACAACGGCGACAGUAUCGAAGAUGACAACGGUCAAAACGACGGAAAUUCAAACCAGGAAGAUGACGUAACCGGAAGUCCCCAAAAUGAUAAUCCUUGCACACCGGAAGCCAGGGCACAGAACAAAUCUUUCUUUCCGUACACACCAGAUCGAACCAAAUUCAUCCAAUGCGACGGGUGGGGGAAUAAAUUCAUUAUGUCAUGUCCUCCUACUACGAUCUGGUCCGAUACAGCCUUGACAUGCGUAAACCAUGGUACCUCCAGCAAUCCAUGUACCGGUAAUGCGGGCAAGUUGGUGGCACACUCAGACCCUACAAAGUUCAUCAAGUGUGACGGGGCAGGCACUGCGCAUGUCAUGUCGUGCCCAGGAGGUCUCCGGUUUUACGCGUCCAAGUCUUCAUGUGACUGGUGAAACUUUUUCAAGACAAAUCCGACGGAAAGAUGAAAAUAUUUAAUAAAAUAAACAUGAAAUAAUCGAUUUGGUGUGAAAGCUUUCAGCGGAUUUUAAGAAUGUAUCGAUCAAUAAAUUUAUUUUGUGUAAGGUAUUUAGGCAGAUGUGAUAAUGUGUUUUAGUUUUAAUUGGUAAAGAUAAGAUAAGCAUACAUUUAAAAUUAACGUUUGGAACUAAAUAGAUCACUUUUAAAUGUAAAUUAUAUGACAAUAAUAUCGAAUGUCAAUACGUGGAAUUUGGCCUGUGAUUUUACCUAGUUACAGUAUAUAGUUGGUAAGACUAAACAAGGGAAACAACUCGAGAAUAAGUCAUAUUCCCCGACUACAGGAGCCAAAAGUUAAAACCUAUCCUUCGCUAUUGACGCCUCGUUUCAUGGUAAAAUCUAUCAAAAGUAUCAAUGAAAUCCAGAACCCUGCUAUUAUUAUUUCAUCAUUCUGAUCAAUGCUGAACUAAUUAGAAUAUCCUUUCUUAUAUACAUAAUAACAAAACUAUGGACAAUAUGUGUCGAUAUAGUCGUUGUUUUAAAUUUUGAAUUUCGCGGUUAAAAAACCCUGUUUAUCAUCAUUCUCUUGUUAAACAAUUCAUCAUGCUUAGAGGGAAAUAAGAAUUUUAUUGGAAAUUGUCGUUGAUUACGUUAUCCUCGUUCUCAUUAAGAUAUACACGAUCAACCAAAUCUUCCGAUGAAAACAAUUUGUAUAGGUUUAAACUUUUGUUGUUCUUUUUAUUGCCUCCAGAAUUUUAACAAUAUUACCAAAAAUUUUAAAAAAAUCCAAACAUAUAAGAUGUCUCUAAUAAUUUAACUUAAACAGUUAACUUUACGGUAAGCGCUUUUCUUAGUGUUUGUUGAAUUAUCGUUUUACUAUUUUGGAAUUCCAUCACGGUGAUGAUGUAGUGUAGAUAUUCAAACCAAAGAAAUCGUUUACAGAUCCUCGCCCCACUUCAAAAAAAUACAUGAUAUACAUUGGAUUUUUAACCCCGACAUGGCUGUAAUUCUGAAUAUUAUAGAGAGACCCAUAAAUGUUGGAACUUUUUAUGAAUAAAUUAUAAAGGUAAAAUAAAGAAGUAGAAAUCAACAACGGUGCUCUCAGUGUAAUCAUACAACCAGGUAUCGAACCUGAAACAACCUGUUUUUAUACUGUUCGCUCUUAACAACUGAACUACAUUACGCUACAGUUAUAUCCGAAGUAAAAUUGAGGGGAGUUACUAUA